AUGGCUGAAUUGGUCAUGACCAGAAGGAGGUUUCACAACUAUUUCGCAAAAGAUACGCUAAGACAAAUUUUAAAAAAUGAACAAAUCAAUUUUAACGAGCUUCACAAAAGAGUGUACGUUGGAAGUUCCCCUCUUAACGGGGUUGGUAUAUUCUCAUUUGACGAAAUAAAAAAAAAUGAAAUCAUUGAAAUAUGCCCGACGAUCAAAAUGAAAAAUGAAGAUAUCCCAGAAAAGCUGGUUCAUUAUUUAUUCGAAAGCAAAAAAGAAAACAUGAACUCAAAAGUAAUUCAAAUUGUCAUGAAAAGGACAGACGCGAUCAAUUAUAAGCUUUUUCCCCUGGGCUACGGAAUUUUAUAUAAUCAUUCAGAUCUCCCCAAUGCCUUUGUUCAUAUAGUGUCGCUGAGGGAAGAGAAGGAAAAAAAGUCUGACAAGGAUGAGAAAAAUGAUACAAUAACGUCCGAUCAAAUAAUGAUAUUUCGCGCACAAAGGGAUAUCCAAAAGAACGAGGAGAUUUUCAUUUCGUAUGGGCACUCAUGGUGGAAGGUAAGCUGUGGACGAAAUAGCUCGCUCGUUGAAGGAACUCGGAAAAAUUAA